AUGGAUGCUCUACCGACUGGAGCAGCCCUCCCCUGCUCCGCUUCGGGUGUGGCCUAUAGCGUGCUAGAUUCGUCUGCAUCCCAGCAGAUUCAGCACGCUGAGCCUCCCCCGACCACCGCAGCCGGAUCUGCUGCCGCCACCCAGCAGCAGCAGCACCAACCUAGCGGCGCUCCUUCCGCCCCCAUGCAGGCUCUCACGUACCCCAUCCAUGGGCCUGCCGCUGCGGGCUUUGUACCCGACAUGGGGGGGCCCCCCGCGGCGUAUACGUCCAUCGCACAGCCCGCAGACACGAGCCCCUUCCACUCUGCCGAGAGUCUCGAGGCAUUUGGGGGGGGUGGCGUGCCCGCAGACUUUGGCGCAGACGGCGUCGAAAGUUCCCCGGAUCGCGGAGAAGGAUCGACAGGAGCAUCCGCUCACGGAGUCUAUGCGGAUGUGUCUCAGGAUCAGGUCGGCUCUUGCGGAGGCCCUCUCUCUGGUGAAGGCGGUGGCUUUGGGGGAACGGGGGGCCCCGCUGCAGGGGCCCCUGGGUCCGGUGCGAGCAAUGCGGGGGCCUCGGGGCCCCCCCCCCGUUCCGGCAUAGAGAAGUAUCUACAGUGGCUGGAUGCGAUUCACACGGCCUGCUCGAAACUCGAUGACUUGUGUAGCAAGUUGGACAGGAGCUUCCCGAACGCCACGCGGGAGUGGGAGGCUACCAGUCCGGGGAUACGAGGCGCACGACAGCUGUUUCACGUGUACGCUGACGCGCAGACGCCUCAGCCGAUGCAGCAGCUAUCGCCUCCACUCCUCGCGCACGGACCUGGUCCAAGUGUGCACGAGGAGGUCUUCACGGGGAGCUCGAGGAAGCGACAGCGGAGGGAUAACGGCGCGGGGGGGGGCCCCCUGGGCAGCCACGCGGGGGGGGGGGCGGGGGGCCUCCAGCUGCCCCAGGCGACGGCUCCAGGGGGCCUCGCCCAAGACUUUGCGGGCGCAGGCCUUGCCGUUUCAGGGAGGGGGGGGAGUGGGCCCCUGCAGCAGCCACCUGCGGGCGCUAUAGCGGCUAUGGGGUUGGGGAAUGCCUAUGGGGGCCCCGUUGUUGGAGCGUCCGGUAAGGCUGUGGGGGGGCCCCCGGUGUCUCUGUCGCAGCCGUGUGGGCCCCCAACACUUCCGGGAACGGCGAAUGUGUUGCCACCCGCUGGAGUGCCGCCUGCUGCUUCUGCUGCCGACGGCGGCGAAUACGAGUACCUCCUGGAUUAUCCAGAGCAGGAGGCCCCGGAUCCAGACAACCCGAGUGAUCUCAAGUGCGAUGUGGCUGGAGUUUAUUGGGACAAGAGGAGCUGGAUUGCUUCCUGGUAUGAGGGUGGCAAGCGCUACUACAAAUCAUUUUCUGCGAAGACCCAUGGAUUCUAUAGGUCGAAGUACUGGGCAAUCAAAGUGCGGCUGUCGAAGGUGCAGAGUCACGCACUGGCGGGCAAAGGUUGCAAAGCGAGGGCCGCUGCAGCUUGA